CAGAAUAACUGGUUCAGCAGGCAAGGAAGUUUGCACAGGAGAUACUGUAGUAACUUGUGAAACAGAUAUUGGAAGGAUAUACGUUGAAGAUCCAGAUGACUGGGAUCUACCUGACAAGAAAUUCUUCUGGAAUACACACGAACAUCAUAGAUUCAGAAUCAAUGAAGCCUCUGGAAUGAUUACAAUGAAGCGCAACACACCAGAUGGAAUAUAUGAUUUGGUAUUCAGAGUGCAAGACCACAAACAUAAACAAAACAAUGUGUCAGCUAUUGUUACCGUCACUGUAAAGCAUAUUUCCCAUGAUGCUAUUCUUAACUCUGGCUCAUUGAGAAUUUCUAAUUUGUCUGAUGAAGACUUCAUCAAAGAAUGGAACUAUAUGGUAAUUUUUAUGGAGGAAAGUAAGGCAGAACAACUUAAGACUGUUUUGUCAGAAGUUCUCAACACGAAACGAGAAAGUAUGGAUAUUUUCAGUGUUAAAGGACACAGAUCAUUUCCACCUGUUCUGGACGUUUUCUUUACUGUAAGAGAUAAGAGAUAUCACAGCAGUGAAAAAAUAAAUGGGCUCUUACAAGUAUAUAAAACAAAGAUAGAAAGGAAAACCAAACUUGAUCUGAUUAUGGCUGGAAUACACUACUGUUUUAUUGACAAAAUUAAUUGUCAAGAUCUGUGCUUUGACAGCUACAGAAUAGGCAGCCAUCCAGUCUUAGUUGAUGCCAAUACAACAUCACUUGCAGGAAUUUCAGUAGUUAUUACAGCAAAAUGUAAUUCAGCCCCACAAAAUUUUUCUGCGGCUAACACAUGUAAUGAAAAACAAUGUUAUAAUGGUGGCUACUGCAUAAAGGAAAAAAGCAGUGUAAGCUGUGCCUGUCCAAGUGGGUAUGAAGGACCCCGCUGCCAACAAACUGUGAGAAGCUUUCAAGGAAGCGGCUGGGCUUGGUUCCAAUCAAUCCAGCCGCAGGCUGAAAACCAUAUAAGUGUAGAAUUUUUAACCUAUAAAGAAGAUGGAUUGCUGUUCUACAAUGGUCCACUAUCUCCCGUCAUAAUAGAUGGGGUUACUAUAUCAGAUUAUAUUGCAUUGGAAUUAAAAAGUGGUGAACCUAGACUACUUUUUCAUUUAGGUCAUUAUACCACUGAGAUAUUUAUAAAAGUAAAGAAGAAGCUGAAUGAUGGAAUGUGGCAUCAGAUUGAUUUAUUUUGGGGUUCUGAGAAUGUUCAUCUCAUACUAGAUUAUUGCAAAUCAGCUGAUGUGGUGGAACUACAAGACAUGAAAACAUCAUUGUUUAAUGGAACAAGUUGUCUUGUAAAGGCCAAAACUUCUAAGUUCAGUGAGCGUUUGAAUUUAAACGGUCCUCUACAGAUUGGUGGCAUUUACUGGGAAGAAAUACCACCAGAAAUCUAUAAAUGGAAUGCAAGUCCAAAUGCAAUUGGUUUUGAAGGGUGUAUACGGAAUUUCUAUUCUAAUGGACAGAUUUUGGACUUGGCUGAUACAUUGUUGUCAGCUGGCACAGUAGCUGACUGCCUUCAAACAAAACUUGCAUGCAGCACAGUAAACUGCUCUGGGCAUGGAGUCUGUCAAGCUGACUUUACAGAGAGAGCACCAUGGUGUUUGUGUGAUGCUGGCUGGAGUGGGCCCUCAUGUUCUUCACCUACACAACCAGUCACAUUUCUACCUCAUAGCUACAUUAAGUUUGCACUAUCUUUUGAAAUUGGAUAUUUCACAACACUUAUGCAGUUAAGGUUCAGGACUGAGGAGAAAGACGGUGAGCUGUUUCGUCUUGCUGACCAGCAGUCACUUGAAUAUGCAGUGCUUGAGAUAAAUAAUGGAAACCUAUACUUUCGUUAUAACUUAAACAGAAUGAAUAUUGAAGAGAAGUACAUCUGCUUAUGUUACAUUUCUGUUGAUGAUGGAUACUGGCACACAGCAAAGGUUUCUCGAUAUGGCUCUUUAUCAAUAUUGGAACUAGAUGAUGGUGAAUUCUUGAGAAGAAAUCAGACAUCACUGUUUGAAGGUCAUCAGUGGUUGGUAAUUGACAAACAAGAAGGUGCUCAUGCUGGUGGGAAGGCAGAGCAUACUGGCAUAAAUACAUUAGAAAUAUAUGCUGAUUACAGAAAUGGUUGCUUGGAUGACAUACGGUUAGAUGGAAGACCUCUUCCACUGCCUCCAGUAGCCAAUGUUACACAAUGGGGACAGGCAACAGUGGCACUAAACUUGGAGUUUGGCUGUAGCUUUCCUUCAGACUGCAACUCCAUAAUCUGUACAGAACCAGUGAAAUGUAAUGACAAAUUGAGACAACAUAAAUGUAUGUGCAAUGAUGUUCAUGUUUUGGCUACAAAAAGUAAGAACUGCAUUGGAAAUAACUGUUUAAGUACACCUUGUACUAGUGCUGGAAAUUGUCUGCAUCACCAUUCAGAGUUUCACUAUGACUGCUUAUGCACUGAUGGAGUAACUGACAUAAACUGCAAAUUUAAUGGAGGCAAAAAGACUGGCAAUCUUAAUACUUGGGCUUUAACGGCCUUAUCAUCUGUAGUCAUCUUUAUAAUUGGUCUGGCUGUCCUGUUUCUUCUGUGUAAAUACUACUACAGAAGUCAUAGAAGGUCUCAAAUAAAAAUGGAUGCUCAAACAAGUACAAGUCAAUAUGCUGAUAAUAGAGAAAAUGAGGAGCACGGCAUCUCUUUUAAUAUGGAACAACUGAUGUCUCGUCCUCAUGAAAAUGAAGUUACAGUUUCACUGGAACUACAAACACUUGAUGAAAAGGAGCAAGCUGGUUCAGAUGAGACCAUACAGCAUUGAGAAUGAAAGAAGAAAGAACAGAGGAAGAGAGAAAUAAUUAUCAUCAGCAAGUACUUUCAUGACCCAAUAUACGUCACAACCAAUAUUCAAUCACACUGCUUCAGAAUUAUGUUUCAACAGUGAAACAAAGUAUCUUGUAUCAGCAGUAUUAUGAAUCUUCCAUGUCAACUGUAUCAGCAAGAUGCCUCCAUCAAAGCUUUACAUGUAGUGAUACAUAUAUUUUUACACAAAUGAAGUACGAAGUUUGUAUACGUCUUUUCUGUACUAUAUGGACCUCCAAUGAAUAACUUAUUUUUAUAGCAAUGUGCCUGCUACACACUGCAGCUGUUAAGUUAGUGUAGUUGGAUGACCAAUAUAUGACUGAAAAACAGUACAAAAAUUUAAAUCCAUAAUUUCCUAUAGACUGCAGUGUGAUG